AUGGUGCUGAGGUUCCUGUGUGUGCUGAGUUGUGUUGCGUUGCUGCUUCGUGAGAUUGAAGCGAAGUCUCUGUUAGACGUCAUUAAACCAGAAGAAGCUGAAGUGAGUUUAAAUGCUGAACAGGCCAAUGGGUUCCUGUCUCGUACCCGCCGGAACGCCGACUCACACUGGUACCGCCAGAAUCCAGACUUUCAGUCUUACUACAAAUACUACAGCAGCAUCGGCCACACAGAGGGGCUGUAUGAGAUCGACCGGAUCCGGAUGCUCUAUCAGAAGAUGAGACAGUUGGAGCAGGUACACGGUGCCGACGCCGCCCACUACCAGAACCGACUGGGCCCACCCCCGGCCCCUAAACAAACCCCCGCCCCUGCCCCUGUGAAAGGCCCCGCCCCCUUGGUGCCCUCCCAAGCUGACGUUAUUCACCUGUGUAACGCCAGAGAUCCUCUGUGUAAGCCACACAUCGUGUACCUGCCUACUGGGGCGGUGCCUGUGCUCUGUGAUCCCCGCUACUACCCUAACUGUAAACACCAAGCCCCGCCCCCUCCUCCACCUGUCUCAAUCAAAGGCCCGCCCCCUCCUCCACCUGUCGCAAUCAAGGGUCCUGCUCCUCCCCCUUCUCCUGUAAUGUAUAAGGGAAUGGAGUACGACUGCGACCCCUACUGGGACCCCGACUGCCUCAUCGACAACCCACCCCGACAAUAUAAGGGCAAAGCUCCGCCCCCUCCACCUGUACCUGAGCCUGAGGAAGAGGAGGAGGAGGAAGAGGAGGAGCCCGCUCAUCCUGCCCCCAUCGGCAAGAAACCUGCGUAUCCCUAUUAUGGCUCUCCGUAUCCAUACGACUACCAAUCAGAGCUGUACGACCCCGCCCGUUUUUCUUACUUCGCUCCCAACACCAAGUGAAACAACAAAUGAACAGGUUAGCGUGUGUAUACACACACACACACACACACACACACACACACACACACACACACACACACAACCACCGACUUUCUCCUCAUCACAGAACCAGCAUUUAAUCUGGAACCAAAACGCUGCCGAUCUGAAACUGGGAAUCAGUGACAUCAAGACAUCAUAAUCACCAUGACAACAAGUUAUAAACAUAAAUCAUUUAAAUACAUGACCAGUGUAA